AUAUCUUAAUAAAUAGAGAUCGAAUCUGGGAAAAGAGAAUGGAUCAAGUAAAAGGGAAUUGAAAUAGAUUUUUAUAAAGGGUAAAUUUGUAAGGUCCUUGAUGGGAAGGAUCGAAUUUCGAAAGGGUGGACUAGUUUUUAACAGCGCAGGCUUGCCGUGGUGGGGGUAGAUGGCGCGCACGGGUAAGCGGAGGCAGCGCUUCGAGCACGUAGGUCAAGUUACGAUAGGACCGCGCGCACACAGUUCGCGGGGAGCGCUCGUGUAGUGCGCGUUGUUGUCCCGUGUUCCUCUAGAUGAUCGAUCACGUGGGAAGCAGAGCGGCGGUUGGUUUACGUGAAUUGGUGGCGGCGAUCGAGCUCGAUCGAGGGCUGCUAGUAGAUAAUAAUAAAUGUGUGGGGCUCCGUGAUGGACAACCCUAGCGGCGGAAGGGACGGUCGUUACGCGAAUCUCAGCUACGGCAUGGGGAUGAUCGGUAGCGACGGUGCCACGGAAAUGUACGGGCGAGCGUCCACCUCCCAACUCGGAGCUGCUGCUGUUGCCGCCGCCGCCGCUGCCGCUGCUGCUUCUCAGUUGGGCCAACGUGGUGGCGCCACCAUGAUGCCCGGGGGCGGCCCGACGCCCGGCGUCCCCUCGGUCCAGAGCAGAGGCAUCAAGAGGACCACGUCUGAUGUUUGUUACACCGACGACACUAACGCCAGGCAACAGGCACUUUCCCAACAGCAGCAGCAACAACAGCAACAACAACAACAACAACAACAACAGCAGCAGCAACAGCAGGGUAUGACAAUGUCCGAUUGUGUCGCCGAUAAUCUCGACGAGUCAUUCACGAAUCUUGGACAACCGAAAAAAUCACCACCCUCUAAUGGAAAAAAGACGAAAGGAAGAGUUAAGAUUAAAAUGGAGUACAUUGAUAACAAGCUCAGGAGGUAUACCACGUUUUCCAAGAGGAAGACCGGUAUCAUGAAGAAGGCGUACGAGUUGUCAACGUUGACCGGGACGCAAGUGAUGUUGUUGGUAGCUAGCGAGACCGGACACGUGUACACGUUCGCGACGCGCAAACUGCAACCAAUGAUAACCAGCGAAGCGGGGAAAGCGUUGAUCCAGACGUGUCUGAACAGUCCGGACCCACCGCCUUCUGGCUCCUCCGGUGACCAGCGGAUGUCGGCGACUGGAUUCGAGGAGACCGAGUUGACCUACAACAUCGGGGACGAGGAGCAGAAAGAAGAUGGAACGUCACCCAGAUCGGAUGUUUGCGCAAACGAGAGCGACGGUGAUACAAGCGACGGCGAUUCACCGGUUUCUAAAGAUCUCGCAAAAAAUCAUUCAGGUAAUAUGCCUUCCUUCUCUACCGGAAUCAUAUACCAGAUGCCACAAAGUGUCAUUUAUUCGCCCAGUCCGGGUGUUUUGCUCGGUAUUGGACAAAACGGUCAACCCGUGCAAAUUUCACAAGACGGAGGAAGCACAACAUCGGUGAACUCGUCGCAAGGAAAUCAACCGUUCAUCACGAUACCACUGAACGUGGCAAUGAGCGCUGCUGGUCUUUCAUUGCCGGUAUCUUCGAGAACGAAUUUGUCGUCUCCAUCACCAAAAUCACCAAUCUCGGCUUCAGUGUCUUCAGAUUUGCCUUCCGAUCUUAGCAAAGACAGAGAGUGACACAGGGCAAACGUUGUUAAAGGUAAUUCGCAUUUUCGAAUCUCCCUGUAUCGUCGCAAAAUGUCGGAAUAUUUUUUGAAAGGAUCUCCGAGACUAAAGGAAAAGAAAAUUCAUGAAAUCGAAAUAAAGGAGGUAGGAUCAAAGGAAAAUGAAAAAAAAAUAAAAAUAAAAGAGGAACAAGAGGAAGAAGACUCGAAGGAAAAUGAAAGCAACGAUUUAUCGACGAGAAUUUCAAAGCACCACCAAAAUGGCGCUACGAAUCAGUUAAGGAGAAAACGAAAAACCGAAGAAAUUUGAAACGACAGAUCCGAUUACUUUUCUCAUUUCUUCGAGUUUUUCAUCAUAACUCAAAAAUAGGACUAAACGUGAUAAGUGAGUUUUUCUCUCCCCCCCCCUCUCUUUCUUUCUCUCUUUCUUUCUAUUUCCCGUCAUACAUAGGAUAGAUUUUCUUUUAUCUGAAAAAUGUAUCGAACAAAGAUCAUUCUUACAUUAGAUUAUUUAUGUAACUUUUAAUUUGAGUUCUUGGAUGAAUUAUCACAAGUAGGUCGUCCAUGACACUAUCAACGACGACGACGACGACGACGACGACGACGACGACGACAACGACGAGGAACACGCGAAAGUCGCAUACUUCUUACAUACUAACAUAACUGCUUGAGAUGCGACCCAUCAAAGGCAUGUGACUCUUUCAAUUCAUCGAUGAUAUAUAUAAUAUAUCGUCAAAAAUAACACAAGAAUUA